AUGCGCGAAAUCGUUCAUCUCCAGACCGGCCAAUGCGGCAACCAAAUUGGCGCUGCCUUCUGGCAAACAAUCUCUGGCGAGCACGGCCUUGAUGGCUCUGGGGUCUACAAUGGCACCUCAGACCUUCAGCUUGAGCGUAUGAACGUCUAUUUCAAUGAGGCGUCUGGCAACAAAUUCGUCCCCCGUGCCGUCCUGGUCGACUUGGAACCUGGCACCAUGGACGCCGUUCGCGCCGGUCCUUUCGGCCAGCUUUUCCGCCCCGACAACUUCGUUUUCGGCCAAUCCGGCGCUGGAAACAACUGGGCUAAGGGCCAUUACACUGAGGGUGCUGAGUUGGUGGACCAGGUCCUUGACGUUGUUCGCCGUGAAGCCGAGGGAUGCGACUGCCUCCAGGGCUUCCAGAUCACCCACUCCCUAGGUGGUGGAACUGGUGCCGGUAUGGGCACGCUGUUGAUCUCUAAGAUCCGCGAGGAGUUCCCCGACCGCAUGAUGGCCACUUUCUCUGUUGUGCCAUCCCCCAAGGUGUCCGAUACCGUUGUCGAGCCGUACAACGCUACCCUCUCCAUUCAUCAGUUGGUCGAGAACUCUGAUGAGACCUUCUGCAUUGACAAUGAGGCUCUGUACGAUAUCUGCAUGAGGACUCUUAAGCUGAACAACCCAUCCUACGGCGACCUGAACCAUCUGGUUUCCGCUGUCAUGUCGGGCGUCACCACCUGCCUGCGUUUCCCUGGUCAGCUCAACUCCGAUCUCCGCAAGCUGGCUGUCAACAUGGUUCCUUUCCCUCGCCUCCAUUUCUUCAUGGUCGGCUUCGCCCCUCUGACCAGCCGUGGCGCCCACUCCUUCCGUGCCGUUACCGUGCCGGAAUUAACCCAGCAGAUGUUCGACCCUAAGAACAUGAUGGCUGCGUCUGAUUUCCGCAACGGUCGCUAUCUGACCUGCUCUGCCAUCUUCCGUGGCAAGGUCUCCAUGAAAGAGGUCGAGGACCAGAUGCGUAACGUCCAGAACAAGAACUCCUCCUACUUCGUUGAGUGGAUCCCGAACAACGUCCAGACCGCUCUUUGCUCUAUCCCCCCGCGUGGCCUCAAGAUGUCCUCCACUUUCGUCGGCAACUCGACCUCCAUCCAGGAGCUGUUCAAGCGUGUCGGUGACCAGUUCACUGCUAUGUUCAGGCGUAAGGCUUUCUUGCAUUGGUACACUGGCGAGGGUAUGGACGAGAUGGAAUUCACUGAGGCUGAGAGCAACAUGAACGACUUGGUCUCCGAGUACCAGCAGUACCAGGAGGCUGCGGUCUCCGAGGAAGAGGAGGGAUACGAUGAGGAGGCUCCUCUCGAGGGCGAGGAGUAA